AUGGACGUGUCUCUGCAGGUUGUCGACGAUGAGGAGAAAGGCGGGCCGUACCGGUGGAGGAAGGUCGAUCCUAGCAGGAUACUCUCCUACACGGGGUGCGAGAAUGCCCUCCAGUCCGAGUACAGCAUGCCGCCACCCCCACUCCUCCCGCCGCCGCCUCCCCCGCCCCCCGCGUGUCAACGUCUGUACAACUCGCACAUGUCUGAAGAAGAGGUGAGUGAGGUCAAUCCACCCGGGCCCCACUGAAAUACAUAGAUAGAAGGGCCGGCAAGAAUGAAUGGCGUGCGUGUCUCCGUGUGUAUGUCUCCCUUUCUGCAGGAGUCAGCGUUGGUCGAUUUGAUAUUCCAUACAGGGCAGGGCGUCCAGAUCAAGGAACACAACAGCGUAAGUCAAUACGCUGCUUCGUAGCUCAUGCAUCUUCUCAGUCAUUGGCUGACUGUUAUUUCUUUCAUCCCAUCAGAUCUUCGCCAGAGACGCUGACGGCAAUCGCAUUCCUAAGCUGCCGUCGUCGCCAGCCGGCCACAAACAUCUCCCCAUCAACCCACCCGCACCUCCUGCGCAACGCCUGCUGAGCCUCAGUGGCUGGCGGAGCUCAAGGCCCGCGCAAAGGCUGCCAAGGCCGCCAAAAACGGGAAGCCGGCGCCGUUCAAACUUGCGCCAUUCUCGGGCGCCGUGCCCAUCUCCAAUCCCACCGCCCUCCCCAUACAGCCCCAGCCCAACAAGGUGUUCAAGAAGAAGCCCACAGGAAGCAGCCACAGCGGGAAGGGGCAGCCGUCGGUCCAGGGCAAGGGCAAGAACGAGGUGGUGGGAGGGAAGCAGACGAAGAAGGCCAUCGCAAAGAAGACACUCGCAGGAGCCAGCCAUGGCGGCGGGGAGGCGCAGCCAUUGGUCAAGAGGAAGGCCGCCAAGGCCAAGGCAGGGGACACGAAGGAGGCCAUCGCAGAGAAGAGAGUUACAGCCACGGUACGAAAGAAAGAGGAUGAAUGGAUGACAGGAUGACAGAGCCACGACAAGGACCAUGGCGAGCUCUGUGUGUGUGUGUGUCUGUGCAGGCUACCGUUUGUGAGGUCAAGGGCAAGACGAAGGUGCAGGCCAUGCGGGCCAAGGCCAAGGCCAAGGCCAAGAGUGGCGCCGGUAGGUUGAUGCGACGACACUGGACGAAUGACACGCCCACACAAUUCUGACUACUCGGCGUGUUUGUUAUUGUAGGUCGGGCUGCCAAGCCUAAUGGCAAGGCUAAGGCCAUAGUACCUGCCUCCGAAGCCAAAGGUAUGUUACCAAAGAUACACGUGACAGACAGACACAUCAGUCCAUCACUGUGUCUCCCAUGUGCCCUGUUCAGUCAACGGCGGCAAGGAGGUCAAAAAGACAAUCCAAAAGAAGACGCCCACCCCGGCACAGAGCCGCAAGGCCACCAGUGUGCCCAAGAACGCCGCAUCCCCAGCUUCCCCAGCAGCGGUAGGCCCUCUCCAGGCCCCCAGUGUGCCCAAGAAACCACGCACCAAGACGAACAAGGGCGGCGGCAGGAAGAAGGGCAAGCCGCCGCCGCCGCCGCCGCAGCAGCAGCAGCAGCUGGCGAACGCGGGGCAGGUGACGAAGCCGAUCACCAAGCAGCCCAAGAAGAAGGCCAACCCACCCAAGAAGCCCAGCAAGGGCGCCAAGGCCAAGCCAGCCCCGCCCCCGCCCUCCGCCUCGGCACCACCCCAGCCACAGCAGACGGGCAAGAAGAGGAAGGCGGGAACACAGCCGCACGAGGAGGACGACAGAGGAGGCAAGGCGGUGAAAGAGGGGGUCAUGACGCGCGCAAUGUGCCGGCGUCAGGCCGCCUCCUCUUCCAGCCCGCAGUGAGG